CUGCUCUCUCCAGUCCUAACCGUACAUACAACAUUGGCAGUCGCCGCCACAACGAAUGGAGGCGAACGGGUGAAGGAGAUAUCACCAAGGAAUAGUUUCGCUAUCAAAAUAGCUUUCCCUCGACUGCAAGACGGAUUUUAUGCCGAAAAACAUCUCAGCGGACAGAAGAAACGCCACACUAUUUUUUUUGAAAAGUCGGAUCACUUCCCUUUCCCCCCCAGCACAGAUCGAUCGCCUGUCAUUUAAAAAAAAGGGCGUGUGUGCGUGGUGAAGGCAGUUUUAACCAUUUCAUGCGGGCAUAUAUGGUGUUUUAGGUGUUUGUGUAUAUAUAUCUAUAUUUUUUUUCCCUACACCAUCUGGGUCUGAAGGACACAGUCGAGGAUGGGAUGCACGCUGAGCACAGAGGACAAGGCGGCGGUGGAGCGCAGUAAAAUGAUCGACAGGAAUCUGCGGGACGACGGGGAGAAGGCAGCCAGGGAGGUCAAGCUGCUGCUGCUCGGUGCCGGUGAAUCGGGAAAAAGUACAAUUGUCAAGCAGAUGAAGAUCAUCCACGAGGCAGGCUACUCAGAAGAGGAAUGUAAGCAGUACAAGGCUGUGGUCUACAGCAACACUAUCCAGUCCAUCAUCGCCAUCAUCAGAGCCAUGGGGCGCCUCAAGAUCGACUUUGGUGAUGCCGCAAGAGCUGACGAUGCAAGGCAGCUGUUUGUGCUGGCGGGCUCGGCAGAGGAAGGCUUCAUGACAGGAGAGCUGGCCGGUGUCAUUAAGCGCCUGUGGAAGGACGGAGGUGUCCAAGCCUGCUUCAGCCGCUCCCGUGAAUAUCAGCUCAACGACUCGGCAGCAUACUACUUGAACGAUUUGGACAGGAUAUCCCAGGCCACCUACAUCCCAACUCAGCAGGAUGUCCUGAGGACCCGAGUCAAAACCACAGGCAUUGUGGAGACGCACUUCACAUUCAAGGACCUCCACUUCAAAAUGUUUGACGUUGGCGGUCAGCGGUCUGAGAGGAAGAAGUGGAUCCAUUGCUUUGAGGGUGUGACCGCCAUCAUCUUCUGCGUGGCCCUCAGUGACUAUGACCUGGUGCUGGCUGAGGACGAGGAGAUGAACCGAAUGCAUGAGAGUAUGAAGCUAUUCGACAGCAUCUGCAACAAUAAGUGGUUCACAGACACUUCCAUCAUCCUCUUCCUCAAUAAGAAGGACCUGUUUGAGGAGAAGAUCAAGAAAAGUCCUCUUACCAUCUGCUACCCAGAAUACGCUGGCUCCAACACGUACGAGGAAGCAGCUGCGUACAUUCAGUGUCAGUUUGAGGACCUGAACAAGAGGAAGGACACCAAGGAGAUUUACACCCACUUCACCUGCGCCACAGACACCAAGAAUGUGCAGUUUGUUUUUGACGCUGUCACAGAUGUCAUCAUCAAGAACAACCUGAAAGACUGUGGACUCUUCUGAGGAUAAUGACAAACAAAGAUGAAAACGCUUUUUUUCUUGGCAGUGGAGCCAGUUUAUUGUGCAUCUUUGGUGGGGAAGAUGAAAAGAGCCGGGAGGAUCAGUCACGGACCAGUGCUGUACUAUAUGCCACUUUUAACAGCUUUAUUUAUGUUUUUGUCUUGGAACAUUUUCAACUAGCGUUAUGACAUUUGUGUAGGAUGUUUGUAUCAUUGUAAAAGUGUCACCACAAAUAUUCCACACAUUUUUAAAAAAAAAAAUUACUUUUCCUUUCUGUUUAAAAUUUUUGAGGAGGAGAAAGGAUAUCAUGUUUUCGCUGUUCCUUCUGCCGCUGUCUCUGGAAAAGGAAACUUUGCUGUUGGUGGAAAUGCUUCUUUUCUUCCUUCAUCAACAACCAAAAGGGAAGAAAAGGGGUACAACUUUGAGUCCAGUUUGUUGGUACUUGUGCCUUCGCAUGCCUUUUACUGCGGUCGUAGUCCCAAUGCUUGUUCUGUUGCCUGCUGAAUUGUUCUAAACAUAAAGAGGUAAACUGUUUUCAUAUGUUAGUGUCCCUGCUCUUUUCUAUGUGCACACCACUGAGCUAUCGGAAUAUUUCUUUCUGGUCUAAAGGUACGUGGGUCUCCAUGGUGGCCAACAUGUAGCCUCCACAGUCCCCUACCCCAAUCCCCCCACCCGCCAUGACAAUGGAAGGCCUACUGGCCAAUCACGCAGUACAAUACUGAGAUGUAUAUUGUUACAUUUACCUCAAAGAUCUGGGGGUCCGCUUUUUAAACAGUGUACAAAAUAUCCAUUCUUCCCAACCCUUUCGGAAAAUGGUUAGUUGAGGCACUGAGCUUAUAAUAUGCUCAAGGACCAGAGUAGGCACAUUUUAAUGUAUCUUUUAAUGUAUUUUGGAGGAGAGUUUGGGAGUUUUUGGUGUUAAGGAGAGAAAAACUGAACCACAGAAAAGAUGGUUUUAAAGGUGAGGGUGAGGUCUGAGAUGUUUUAAUUUUCAGACACUGUUGUUGGAUGCAUGUAUUGUGUUGAUUUGAGAGUAGAGGCGCUGUUUAAGGAUCCACAAAGCCUUUAAUUCAGGUGAUGGGAACUAAGGUGGUUAAGGGAGCCUGGUCUAUGAUUUUAGAUCAGUACUACUUGCCAAGAAGAAUGAUAAAUACAGUCCUGGAUCUGUUCAGAUAAAGAAACUGCCACAACUGUUAAUGUAUGUGUAUGUUCUCCACAGAUGGAGAAUCUUUGUAAACUCAUCUCCCUUAUUUUGCUAAUAAAAACCAUUUACAAACCAAA